AACCAAAAUGUCUACUAGUUUCACGACGGCUUUUCAAGGCCAUUUGGGUCAUUCUCAUUCAAGAAAGCUUCUACUUCAUGCUCCUAUCGCAACGACGAUGCACAUACGAGUCGAAGAGACAGCAACUUCACCAACGCCGAGUCAGUAUACCAAAAACAAAAGCUUCGAUGCGAAUGUGGUGAUGGUCCUAUCGGUGCUUCUAUGUUCUAUUAUUUGCAUGUUGGUAUUGAACUCUAUCAUUAGGUGUGUGUUAAGGUGUUCAAGUAUGGUUAACUCUGGAUCCGAUACUGGUUCAGACAGCACACCAGCCAGGUUAGCCAGUUCCGGAAUUAAGAAAAAGGCGUUAAAGGCUCUCCCGACUGUUCGUUACUGGGAAGGACUUAAAUUACCUGGAUUGGACAAAGAAUGUGCGAUAUGCUUAAGUGAGUUUGUCCCUGAAGAACUGAUCAAAAUACUACCGAAAUGCAACCACGGGUUCCAUGUUCGAUGCAUAGACAAGUGGUUGAGUUCGCACACGUCCUGCCCGACUUGUCGCCACUGCCUCAAAGAAGCAUAUCAAACGAUUCUUUCAGAUGGGGCGUGUAGCAAAACAACGUCAACAACACAGGUUCAAAGACAAGAGCCAGAAGGGAUCAGUACCAUAAUCGUUAUGCCAUUAUGACCAGAUGUGUAAGGGGCCGUUUACCAAACAUUUACCAAGAUAAGUGCUUACCGGUAAAAUUUAACGCCACCACUUACUUACCGGGUAAGAGUCGUCGCCCUCACUUACCAGGUAAGACUCAUGGUCCUUGUCUCGCUCUUACCGGGUAAGAAUCUGGUCAUUCUCGUAUUCAUCCGAUAAAGAAAUGUGACUUGGUAGGCGCUUAUCCGACUAAGUGUUUGGUGAACGGGCCCUAAAUGUUUACAUUGUAAAUAAGUUACCAUUUGUUAAUUAAUAUUGAAACCAAUUUUCCAUCU